AUGACCAGCACCCUUUGCUUGAGCGUCCUCCUCCUGCUGCUGGCCCUCUCCCGUCCCGCUGGUGCUGAACCUCGGCGUUCCUCUCAGAGCAGGACGGCUCGUGCACCAGCCGCCAAGGUGCGUUUGGCGGGCAACUCUGCGCGAGAACUGUACGAAGGGCGCGUGGAAGUGCUGCACAACAACACCUGGGGGACCGUCUGCGACGAUGAAGUGGACAUCAAGAUGGCCAACGUGGUGUGCCGAGAGCUGGGUUUCCAGAGUAGUGUAACGUGGGCACACAGCGCCAAGUAUGGAGAAGGAGCAGGCCCAAUAUGGAUGGAUAAUGUACGCUGUGACGGCUCAGAGAAGUCCUUGAAGGACUGCAAACACAACGGUUGGGGGGUGAAUGACUGUAAACACUCCGAGGACUUGGGGGUGGUGUGCACCCCCGAGCGACGGCUGAACCAAACAGCCGGUAGAGGCCACAGGCCCCAUGGCAGCCCUGCUCCUCAGUGGCAGGGAGCUGUGGCUACCCGCAUGCAUCCAGGAUAUGGUUAUCAUGGAAAUGGACAUCAAUCUGAGAUCCCCAGGUUCCAGAGACACCACCAGGGUCACAGUAAGGUGCAAAUCGAGGAGGUCCGUCUUCGUCCCAUCCUCAUGGCUACCAAGAGGAAGAGCCUAAUCACAGAGGGUGUGGUGGAAGUGAAGCAUGCUGGGAGAUGGAGGCAGGUUUGCGACCUGGGUUGGAGUCUCAACAGCAGCCGAGUUAUGUGUGGGAUGCUUGGAUUUCCAGAGGCUACUCAGCACAAUUUCAAAACAUACAAGAAAAUAUGGGAUACCAAGGUUGCAGAUCCUUCAACAAGAUUGAGCAUCAUGUCAAAGAAGAAGGGAUUCUGGUUAGAAAAGGUUCACUGUCUAGGGACUGAGGACAGCCUGACGGAGUGCCUUGCUCAGCUGUCCAUCCCCCGUAGUCCCAGUCCUUGUAAGAACGGGAGACAUGCAGUGGUGAAAUGUGUGCCAGGACCCCAGUUUGCUCGCAUCUCCUCAGGAAGACCCCAGGCCCCCUAUCCAUCUGUGCCCGUGCGUCUGAAGGCUGGCCCCAGGCUGGGCGAGGGUCGCGUGGAGGUUCUCCGAGACGGGAAGUGGGGGACCAUCGUGGACCACAUGUGGGAAAGACCUGCAGCCAGUGUGGUGUGCAGAGAACUGGGCUUUGGUAGUGCAAAGGAUGCCCUACAUGGAGCCUUUAUGGGUCAAGGUACAGGACCUAUCCAUAUGAACAGUGUCCAGUGCAUGGGGUCAGAGCGCUCCAUCCUAGACUGCUAUUUCCAGGAAGUCCAACCGUGGACAUUCAAACACAGCCAGGACGCGUCAGUGCGCUGUAAUAUUCCUAAAACCGGAAUGGAGAACACGGUGCGACUUGUUGGCGGUAGAGUCCCAUCAGAAGGCCAUGUGGAGGUGUUGAUGGAGGUUGGGGGUCGUAAGCGCUGGGGCUCCGUCUGCAGUGAGAACUGGGGCAUCAACGAGGCCAUGGUGUUAUGCAGACAGCUCGGCCUGGGCUUUGCUGCCAGUGCUCAUCAGGAGACCUGGUACUGGCCCGGUGACCCAGAUGCAGCUGAAUUGAUUCUGAGUGGGACUCACUGUGUGGGCACAGAGCUUUCUAUUCAACAGUGUCGACGCAAUAACCACGUUCAUUGUCCUCGAGGAGGUGGAACUAAAGCCGCCGGGGUCAGCUGUUCAGACACGGCACCUGACCUCGUUCUGGAUGCCCAGCUGGUCCAGGAGACGGCCUACCUGGAGGACCGACCCCUCCACCUGCUGAGCUGUGCCAAUGAGGAGAACUGUCUGUCCUCGUCUGCUGCCAGGAUGAACUGGCCCUAUGGCCACCGACGCCUGCUGCGCUUCUCCUCCCGCAUUAUGAACUUGGGUCGUUCCGAUUUCAGACCAAAAUCGACAAGAGAGACCUGGACAUGGCACCAGUGUCACAGGCACUACCACAGCAUCGAGGUGUUCACACAUUACGACCUGCUGACUCUGAAUGGAACGAGGGUUGCAGAGGGACACAAGGCCAGUUUCUGUCUCGAGGACACGUAUUGCCCUGACGGACUCCAGAAGCGGUUCUCCUGCUAUAAUAUGGGUGAUCAGGGUAUCUCUGUGGGAUGCUGGGAUACGUAUCGCCACGAUAUUGACUGUCAGUGGGUCGACGUAACGGAUGUACGGCCAGGAGACUACAUCUUCCAGGUGGAAGUCAACCCCUCGAUGGACAUGGCGGAGUCUGACUUUAUGAACAAUGUCAUGAGAUGUCGAUGCAAAUACGAUGGCCACAGAGCUUACAUGUAUGGAUGUCAUGCAGGUGAUGCAUACAGUGCAGAGAUUGAGGACCUGUUUGAGCACCAGAGGCAAAUCACCAACAACAACGUUGUGUAGAACCCCCCCGGGGCCCCGUGCCAUUCAAUGGGGCCCAGAGACGAAACAGGGUAGGCUGAGGGCGAUGGCCCCAGGCCCUUGGGGGCAUAAGACCCUCAACAUACCAACAACAUACAACAUGGCGCCGGAUCAUCUCCUCGGCAGAUGUGGAUACAGUAUUCAUAAGCGCAUCAUAUCACAGCAGCGACCAUUGUAGAGACUCCAUUGACAACAAGAUGGGAACGGUUGCCAGAUGGCUCAACUGGUUUUUUACUCUGGUUAAGCAAGAAGAUUUUGGAUAUUGAUUUAUACUAUACAGAUGUUUGUGAAUGUGGACGACUAACUUAAGUUAGUUAUUCAAAACGUUUACGCAUGAAUGACCUUAAUGUCGUUAUAACUAAUCAAAGACAACAGGGAAGACGGUGCUGUUGGAAAAUAUCAUUCCCAAUCUAGAAGAUAAGAAAAUCAGAAAUUUUCUAAAAGAAAAUUAUAAUUUUGUGAGUUUGUGGAAUUCAGUUGCAAAAGGCUGAUUUAAUGCACAUUAACGCAAAAGUAUAAUAAUUUUAUAAUUUGAUCUGUUGGCAUUAAUUUAACCAAAUUUUUGAAUUUUGUAACUGUUUAGCUUUUACAUUACUUCAAUAUUGUUGCUCUUUAACAACAGUGUAUGUUGUUAUAUUAACCUCACUACAUUUCAGGUGAACAGUGUUGUACAAUGCAUUGAGGUAGUUUUCUUUCCCAGUUAAUUAGGUAUUUUAUUAUUGCUUUGCUUUUAACAAAACCAUUGUUUUAUGAACAUGUAGUAAUGCUACACUGUUUUGCUU